GGAUGAAGGACAGAAGUAGAUGUGCCAACAUUCAAGUAACAAAUGAGGUCAGAAGAAAAAAUUUGAAGAUUGAGAGGGCCAUAGAGUGCCAAACAAGAAAGAAGAAAGUACUCACAUCUAGACACAUACUGAAAUUAGGAGUAUCAAAGAUAAUGAGGAAAAUCUAAAGGCUUAAAGGCUUUUAGACAGUCAAUCCUUGUAUAAAGGAACAAGAAUCAUAUUGAUCUUACUCUUCAGAAGAGCAAUGCUGGCUGUGAGGAAACAGUAUUUUUAAGGUACUGGACCUAAAAUUUUAUAUCCAUUUAAAUUGUUAUUCAAAUGUGAGGGUUUAAUAAAAAACAUUAAUAUUCCUCACUCAAAGAUCCACACUGUAAACAUUUUUGGAGAGAAUACUCAACAAAAAACAAGUGCAGGAAAUAUUUCAAGAACUAGGGGUGAGUGAUCAGAUACCUUGGUAAAGUGUGUACAGGCUGACCUCAGCGAUACUGCAGAUUUGGUUUCAGACCACUGCAAUAAGGCAAAUAUUGCAAUAGAGCAAGUCACGAAGUUUUUCGUUUCUGCUUCUGCCCAUAGGAGUUUAUAUCACCAGGUGUGAACAAGGUGGCAUGGUGAAUACGGACACCAUUGACUAGCCUAAAGGCAGUGGCUAGUGAAGCUCUCACCCUGUGUGCAUCUUUCUCUAUCCUGAGACAUUUAUUCUCUCUAGGCUUUCUGUUCCCUUCUGUUUCUCUGAGUGUGUUUUGGGCCUCCUCGUGACUCCAUAGAUUCAGCAUAACUUUCGGUGAGAGUAAAAGUAGGAACUUAGAAAAAAAAAACUUGUCUAUGGAAGUGGUUCUCAGCCUUUAGUGUGCUGAUUUUUGCUCAGCCUUCGGGUGGGUUGGAAUGAGGUGUCUUUCCCACAGCUGUGCAGUGCUAAUAUUACUUACCUCAUCAAUAAUUUCCAGUUAUUACUGUGAGGUUAUGGAGAGUUGCCUACUCUGUGCCUCUGUCUUAAAGAUAUUCACCUACUUGCUAAAAGUCUUCAAGAGUGAAGUGAUAAGAUUGAUUCACCUGCUGAAGACUUUAAAAAAUCAGAUAUAUGGUCCCAUUUAUUGUUUAUUUUCUAGUUUACACAUUUAUUUUCUUGAAUAGGUAAUACAUUCACUGUUCAGUGAACCAUAUAAAAGUAUCCAUCUCACCUCUUCUCCAGUCACUGGGUUACCUUUCCUUGAGGCAGCUAAUAUUAGGAGUUAUUCUACGUACGCUUCUGAGUUGUUCUUUGCAUAAAUGUAUGAUUUUAAUGUUUUGGCUCUGGUAAAAUGCAUUAAAGGUAUUAAUUACUUUGCAGCUGACUUUUAGGAUUAAAUGUCAAGGGCUUUCUUGGACAAUGUACCCAGUACUACACAGAUACACAUAUUAAUACAUCGUGUGUUUUCACCUCUAGUUAAUUCUGACAGUCAGUUUGUAUUUGAGGCUAGUGUGCUGGGGUAGUGGAAAUUUAACCUCUUUACCUGUCUACCUUUCAUUAUCAUCCAUUUUUAAAAAUUAAAUAUAUGAAAAUAGAAUAGGCAGAUGAUACUUGUGAAGUGUCAGUAACUUUAUGUACUUUCUAUAUUUUAUAUGGAAAAGAGCGGGUUUAGAAAUGUGCCUCGGAGCUGUGUUCUAGGGACACCCUUGCUGUCAACUCCUCUAAGGUGGCAGUUAGAUUGUGUACUUGAGAUGUGACUAAUGUAAGAUGCUACAAGGCUGGGAGUUAGGAGAUCUGGUCUCUGUCUGCAUUGGGCAAAUCAUUUGACCUCUCUGAAUUAAAACACUUUACAAAAAUUUGAUAUAGGUUUCUAAGGUUCUCACAUUCUCUACUGGAAAAGAAAAUUUUCCUGAGCUGCCUGUUUUAGCCUAAUAGAAUACUGCUAGAACACAUAACCUACAGACAGGCACAGCCCCCUCUUGGUGGUCUAAAAAUGGUUAAUUUCUUUUUGAGCUAUUUCUCCUUUCAGCCUGGCAUGAUUUGCAAGAGCACUUUGGGUUUGACUGUCACUCUGUUAUUUGUUCCCAUUUGGUGAGGCCAGACUCAACCCAGGCAGCUGUUGAUGAAAUUGGACAUGACCCAUUGAUCUGCGACGUCAAUUCCCAGAGCAAUCAAUUGACUGAAAGAAAUGCACCCAAACUCAAAUCACCAUUAUCAUCCACAAACGAAAAAGGAAAAUUCUCAUUUGUUUCACCUUUCAUUUCCAAAUAUGAUAUACUAGGAGGGGCUCCAGCUUUGUGCCAAUUAGAAAAAAGUAUGACAAGAGAAUUAAAAAGCACCAAAGGACAUCUUGACCUCAGGGGAGGACUAGGUUGGACUCCAUUGAUCAAAAUUACUGAGCUUAUUCUGCAUUGGUCCCCACAGCCAGUGGGUCAGAGCCUUUACAUCUGCAACCAGCAGUAUUUCCACUAAUUAGCCACAUAUGGUCCAACUUGAAGGUUCUUUGAACCCAGUCAUUAAUUUUUUAUCCACUCCUAAGAGAUUAGUCCCUUACCAUGGGGGAUUGGAAUUUAUUGGGUGGCAUCCUAGAGGAAGUUCACUCCCACUCAACCACGGUGGGGAAAAUCUGGCUGACCAUCCUCUUCAUUUUCCGGAUGCUGAUACUUGGUGUAGCUGCUGAAGAUGUCUGGGAUGAUGAACAGUCAGCAUUUGCCUGCAACACUCAGCAGCCAGGUUGCAACACUAUCUGUUACGAUGAUGCUUUCCCUAUCUCUUUGAUCAGGUUCUGGGUUUUACAGAUCAUCUUUGUGUCUUCUCCCUCUCUGGUAUAUAUGGGCCAUGCACUUUAUAGCCUCAGGGCCUUUGAAAAGGAGAGGCAGAGGAAAAAGUCACAGCUUAGAGCCCAGAUGGAGAAUCCAGAGCUUGAAUUGGAAGAGCAGCAAAAGAUAGAUAGAGAACUGAGGAAGUUGGAGGAGCUGAAGAAGAUCCAAAGAGUCCCUCUGAAAGGAUGUCUUCUGCGUACUUAUGUCUUACACAUCUUGACCAGAUCUGUGCUGGAAGUAGCGUUCAUGAUAGGCCAAUAUAUUCUCUAUGGGUUUCAAAUGCACCCCCUUUACAAAUGUACUCAACCUCCUUGCCCCAAUGCAGUGGAUUGCUUUGUGUCCAGGCCCACAGAGAAGACCAUUUUCAUGCUCUUUAUGCACAGCAUUGCAGCCAUCUCUUUGUUCCUCAACGUACUGGAAAUAUUUCAUCUGGGGAUCAGGAAAAUCAUGAGGGCACUUUAUGACAAAUCUAGCAGUGAGGGCAUUGAGGACGAAAGGGGACCUCCAUUUCAUUUGAAAAAAUACUCAGCGGCCCAGCAGUGUAUGAAUUGCUCUCCCUUCCCUGAAGGAGUCUCUCUACUUCAAGCCAGCAGUCAACAGCAAGUCUUCCGAGUCAAUGUGCCGAAUUCUAAAAGCAUGUGGCAAAUCCCACAGCCCGGGCAACUUGAGGUAGACCCUUGCUGUGGUAAAAAAGACUGGGCUGAGAAGGAUCAGCACAGAGGACAGCUCCAUGUCCACAGCCCGUGUCCCUGGGAUGGUGGCGCUAGAAUUCAGCACUCGGGACAGCAACCAGACCGGUCGUCCUUUGGCUUGCAGACUACAACGCCCCAGUCCUGGCUAGGUACGACGAUGGCUCCUAGACAUUGUCCAUCACGUACAACAGGACCCUGGGAGCAGUCCCAGGACCUGCAACCCUCAGGAGAGCCUCUCACAGAUUUACACAGCCACUGCAGACACAGCGAUGGCAGCAUGAGAGAGAGCAGAGUCCAGACAGACAGAUCUUGCAUGGGCAGUUGCAAGGCCAGCUUUCUGUCCAGAUUGCUGUCUGAAAAGGGACAGCUGUACAGUGACUCAGUAAGCUCCAGUUCUCGAAAUAGCUCUUGCCUGGGCUUUCCGCACCAGGAAAACAGCCCCUCGCUUCUGCCUUCAGCCACUGGGCACAGAACAUCAAUGAACACGCUUCUAGAACUUUCAUCCAUUAUGAAAAAAUAAUGCAUCCUGGGACCAGAAAAAAACAGACUCAGGAGCAGCUGGCAUCUGCGAGAUAAAAGGUGUGUGUUUGUCAGCUCAAACUGCAGGAGGAACUCUGAGAACCAUCCCCUCCAGAACCAUGAGUCAGGCAAUGGCUGUGUAUCGGGGGCUCCCAGCUGGGCUCCCUGACCGCUGGGGUCAGCCUCUCACUGCUCCGCUUGGCCAUGCUCCCUGAGGCCGGUCCAAUGCUCUCCAUACACCAGGGAGGCAGGCACUCUACCCCCUCAGAGAAAAUCUAGGGGCAAGAGCCGCCAUCCGAGGGGAGGAGGAGUGGGAUGUGCUACCAUCCCUGCCAGUAGCCGGCUCUGCGGCAGCAGCAGUUUGGACCCUUGAACGUGGUUCCAGAGCAGGCUGGGAGCUCUGCCUGCAGCCUGGGCUCAACACACUUCCUGUCUGUACACCAGAGGUUGGAGGGAGGCUUUUUGUUUUCUUCCUCUCAUCAGCUCAUUUCCUGGGGAUGAAGCAGCUGGAUGUUCGUCCCUAGAUGCCAUUACAUAAAAUAUUGAAGACAGCACUGGCAAACACUCGCAUCACAUGACUUUAUCCUUCUGCUGGGAUCGUCGUCAGUAGUGAUGCCAUGACUGGGCCAGCAGGUGCUGGGGAAUCUCGUUCCCAGCUUCCAGGGGAGAGACUGAAGCCGGCAUCACUUCCUCACCCUCCCCACCCUCCUAGUGGUCCCGAGCCAUCCAGGAGAGGUGCAUCAAAAAAGCACUGAACACUUCUUAUAGAGCACAGAGGCAUGGAUGGCCUUGUGAUGUCCACCAACUAUCCAAUCGGUGAGUCUGGUUGGCUGGUCAUUACUGUCUGAGUUCUGAGAAUCAUAAAGGUGGACUCAGUUCCCAUGGAAGGAGCCACUUAGCCCUGUCCUCUAUCCCAUGGCCAGACUCUCCUAUCCCUGGCCACACAUCUUGUAACAAAGGCUUCAAGUUAUUGGGAGAAUCAAUUUGUUCCAAAGACACAAAGGUCUGCAUCAUCUAUAUCCUGCUGAGAUAAAAUCCAUACUCCUUAGCCUGGCAAUUAAAGCCUUCAUGGGCUGACUCCUGCCUCAUGUUCAUUCCCUACCUCCUGUGCCCUAACCCGCCUGCGCUAUGAGUAAAGCAGAUUGCCUUCCCAUUGUGGGUGACCAGCAGCUAAUCUGUUGAGGACCUGCAUAGAAUAAAAAGGUGGAAGAAGAGUGAAUUUGCUUUCUCUAUUUGAGCUGGAACAUCAGUCUUCUCCCUUGGACUGGGACUUAUAUCAUUGGCUCUAUAGUUCUCAGAACUACGCCACCGGCUUUCCUGGGCCUCCAGCUCACAAAAGGUAGAUUGUGGAAUCUCUUAGCCUCCAUAAUUGUGUGGGCCAAUACAAACAAAUCAACCAAUCAAUCAACCUGUAUCUAUAUCUAUAUCUGUCUCUCUAUAAAAUCUUCUAUUGGUUCCGUCUCUCUGGAGAAACCUAAUACCCUGGGUAACUGCCCAGGAUUUUGCAGAACGGAGCCCAGUGCUGACUGGGGCUGGUCUGUGCUUCUAGCCCGAAUGGCUCCUGAGUCUUCUCUGUUCCAAUUUGCAGAGGAGGAAGUGAGAGGUGGAGAUGUGAAGAGAUGUGUGAUCUUUUCCACAACGAAUUGGUAGAAGAGCCUGUGAAGACCAGGUGGAUGAAAACGAUGCUGGGGCCAAGCCCAGAUGGGUGCCAUUUUAAGGGGCAUACCAUAUUCCAGGGGCUUAGGCCACAUCAUCUAUACCGCGUGCAACUGUGUAAAGUUGUUGUUUGUCCUCAUUUUAUAGAUCAGAGAAGGCUCAGAGAGAUCAAGUGACUUGCCCCACAGCUAAAUUCCAACUGAAGAGCCUGUUUUGCAGCUGGAACUCAAACCCAGAUCUUGUUGCUCUGAGGCCCAUGCUCCUCCCAGGAAGCCCCGCCCUCUCUCUUGUCUGUGACCAUCCAGCCCCUGCACAAUGAUUUGUUUGUACAUCUGUCUACCCGACUAGCCUGUGAAAGCUUUCAGGAUAAGGCUGUGCAUUUUAAAUCUUGGGUGCCCAGCAUGUAGCCCAGUGUUGGUUGAGUGCAUGCAUGUUUAUGUAUAGAUGCCAAAGACUAGACGCUACGCAUCACUUGCAACCCUCCAGUCUAAUCCUUAUUCCCUGGUGUCUUGUCCUGCCUUGUCCGCAGGUUUAUGAUGAGAGACUCUUUCAAGAGCCUAUAUGGCAGCGUUCCCCACUCCCCCAUACCUUUUCUUGUAAUUUAAAUUUCCUUCACUCUCAAAAGCCUUUAUAGGGUCAUCAACUGUACAGCACAAAUAGAGGUUAAAAAAAGACGUUAAAAGGAUGCAGUGUAAAAUGUAAUGCUUCUAGUAAAUGUUGCUGUGUCUCUGAAGGUUUCCGUCCAUUGCUUUAGGAUGAGGGUCACUGCCUUGGGUACAUUUGUCUUCAAGGAGAGGGAGUGAAAACUAGCCACGGAGAACCAGUCAUGCCUC